GAGAAAGAAUACCACCAGCGGGGUCGUUACCUCAUUGCUUCGGGUGAAGAAUAUAGUGGCCUACACAUUCGGGAAACGCAGACAUCGGGGCGUCUCCAGCAGGGAUCUACACUGCUGUUGCAGGUGGGCGUUAAGAUUCACAGACAGUUGUGGGCUCGCGCGCACCGCCUUCUGCAUGCCACUGCAACAGGUGCCGCUGCAACAGGUGCCGCUGGAACGCAAACGGUUGGUCAGUUGAUUGCUCGACGCGCAGCACGACAGAACGCUUGAUACUAUUGUUAUAAUCGUACGGUGAGACGCAUUCGAAGAUAGUGGAAGACUACAUUCAGUGUGAUAUCUUUGUCAGUGCGUUUUCUGUGUUACUCGUAUGAAAUGCAAAGCUCCGCUGCUAGCGACGAAAGGAAUUGCGGUUCGAGGAUCCCCAGUUAUUCAGAUACAAACAUAACGGCUAACUCUUUUCAUCAGACAACAACGGUGCCAUUCUUUGGGAGGAUCAUCGUACUAUUCAUAAUCAUAACAACACUCUUCAACGACGUCGUGGGCACGAUCGCCACAACUGACAAUAGCAUCGCAACGCAAACUAAGCCGCCGACUCAUCCGUUCAUGAAUGUCGAAACCAGCUGUAGCGGCGACUCCCUACUUAUCAUGGCCAGUCUUCAGGAACCGUUUUUCGGAUUAAUUUACGCCAACGGAUUCGCCACCACUCCGUCAUGUAAAGCGGAAGGCACAGGCAACCGUCUGCUCCGGCUAGCGCUCAACGCAUCCGAAUGCGGAAUCCACUUUUCUCAGACAGAGGAUGGAUCGAGACAGUUGGAAUUGUCGCUGUAUUUGCAGUACGACGUGCACGUUCAACAGGCCGUUGACGAGAAGAUGACGACCCGCUGUCGGCUGCUGGCUUCUGAGAAAUCGAUUACAGAGGCACCGGUGACGCAACCUUCUACUCUUCGUCAGCGCCAAUCGGCCAUUUUCUCCAUCGAGAAGAGCAGCCGGAGAAACGAGGCCGGCCCGCCGGCCACGACUAUCAAGAACACUCUGGUGAUGCCUUUCCGUCCGCUGAUGAAUAACUCGUUGACCCCGACGACUUCGUCUGGAAAACUUUCUGGUCUUCCUUUAACCUCCUAUCAAGCUAAAAAACUGGAAAUGAGUCGAGACAGUAAAAUAUCGUCGCCGCCCAGCAUGGUGUCCAGUGGUGCUCUGAAACUGCUUCCAGCGUCGGCAAAACAGCGCGACGCCAUCACUUGCUGGAUGGAUAUCGUGGCCGGGACGGAUCCAACCGGAAACCCGGUAGAGACCUACCUGCGCGUUGGCCAAGAAGCCACUGUCGUUGUCCGAGUUCGACAAACCGUUGGCUUGGAUACCCGGCUGACCAGUUGCGUGGCUCACGAUGGUUCUCACGAAUCCCAACAAGAACUGCUGGACGCGGACGGUUGCAGCUUGGACACUUCUAUCUUACCUAACGUCCAGGAAAGGAUAAUCAACCGCUCGGGAUCGACCAUUAAGCUGUUAUACGCUAAUUUUCAAGCCUUUCGAUUUCCUGACCGCGAUCAUCUUCACCUCAAAUGUACCGUCGUCGUAUGCAAGGGGAAAUGUCUCAUGAACCCAUGCAAUCUAAUCCGGAGAAAAGGAAGAGCAACCAACACAAGCAAAGUCAAAGCGACGGAAGAAAAAGGUUUGGGGCAUUUGGGAUCCAUUCGCCAAUUAACUGCCCAGGAUAUGUCGGACGCUGUUCGGCCGACGCGGCCCAGAAACAGCGAUCGAGCUCUCAGUAGUUUUAACGAUUCAAAAUCAAGAUUAAGGUCAGGAUCCCUCCGGAGUAGUAAUCUGUCAGCAGCCAUCAACAGUAUCCCAAAUUACGGGGCAGUAGUCGACAAAAUCGAUGUGUUUAAUAGCGUCGAAAUUCGAGUGGCAUCGCCAACGAAGAACGGCGACGACGCAAUCAGAGGUUACACAUCAAAAUCAACAUCAGAUGACGAUUUUUCAGAAGUUUCAUCCGAAGAAGCCAUUUUCUGUCUGACACCAUCCAAGCUAUUCAUGGCUUUCGGAAUUCUGUUUGCCGUUUUGAUAUCGGCUAUGCUUUUCGCGGUGUGCGUCUGUAUACGCAUCAAAACGAACAAGAACCACCAAAAAAAUCAACAACAACAACCACGACAUAAUCCGUACUCGGCGUCAUCACCUCCACGUUUCCUGAGUUCGUCACCUUGCCCCCCGACGCAAGCUUUCAAUCCGGCUUGCCUCCGUCAUCCGGGCAGUUUCAGUAGCCGACAUCAACUGCAACUGAAUUUCAACCGGCAAAAUUCAGCCGCCCCUUACAUGCGAGUAUUCAAAUGAUUGGAGUAACUGAAACCGUCCGCCCGUCCAAAACAAACAACAAAUAAGCCGUCCGCCUUUUGACUUGGCCACUUCCCGACACGACCAUCCAACUAAGUUAUCAGUUAUUUGUACCUGUUCUGCAUCCAUGCCGGACACCAGCUCUGGUCACGACCUUUUUUUUCUUAUAAAUAUAUUUUAGACACGGUGUCUUUUUUAUGACAUUGUACGAUUUUCUGUGUAUAAAUGUUUUCCUAACAAAAAAUUCGUAGGUGGUGGUCUUUAUUUCAUUCUAUUGUAACACCUCUCUCCGCCCCUUCAGAAUGUUUGAUUCGCGGUAUACUUGAUCGUCCUUUUGUCUGUUUUGGCUAAUACAUGUUAGGGGGAAGGAGAGAAAAAAGGGAAAGGGACACGGUCUUGAAUUUUUGAUUUGUCAUCGUAGAGUGGGUAUUUAAAAAAAAAACUGCGUUAACAAGAAAAGAAGAAGGCCAUCACGACAUUCUGUUCGCCAAUUGCGAUGAUAAUAGCUGAAAAAUGUCUAAAAAUUUGUCGAAAUGAAUGGUGGGCUUACGCUGUCUUCUUUUUUAACUGCUUGGGUUUCCCCAGAUCCGUAUUUGAAAUUUCAUCAAUACUGUCGGCAAUUACUAAUCGUAAGGAAAAAGCUCUACUGAAUACAAAACGCUAACAAUCCA